ACUUUUUAUAUGUCAUUUACGUGUAGUGUUGUGACUAUGGUGUAUUUUGAAAAUGAGCUAUGGAUGUGUGUAGAUACAAAAGUAAGAAUAAUGGAUUUGCAUAUGAUUGUAUAAUUAUGCAGUCGAUGUUUCGUAACGAUUAUAUAACAGUAUUUUAAUAAUUUAAGUUGUAAAUAUUGUGUGGAAAACAUGGAAAUGGAACAAGAAACGGUGUACGGGACUCAUGAGGAUUCCCAUGUAGUCAUGUCAGAGAAGGUUCAAUCCUUAGCUGGGAGUAUUUACCAAGAGUUUGAAAAAAUGAUCGCUAAAUAUGACGAGGCUGUUGUAAAAGACCUCAUGCCACUCGUGGUUAAUGUGCUGGAGUGUUUAGACCUUUCCUACACAGAGAAUCAAGAGCAUGAAGUCGAGCUGGAGUUGUUAAGGGAAGACAAUGAACAACUGGUUACGCAAUAUGAGCGAGAAAAGCAGCUGAGGAAGACAACGGAGCAGAAACUGCUGGAGAUAGAAGACGCGGGCGAGGACGAGCGCAAGGACCUGGGGGGCAAGAUCGAGAGCCUGGAGUCCAUCGUGCGCAUGCUGGAGCUCAAGGCCAAGAACUCCUCCGACCACGUGUACCGGCUGGAGGAGCGCGAGCAGGAGCAGAAGCGGGAGUACGGCAAGCUGCACGAGCGCUACACGGAGCUGUUCAAGACGCACAUGGACUACAUGGAGCGCACCAAGAUCCUGAUGGGCAGCGCGGAGCGGCUGGAGGGCUCGUCGCGGCGCCACCCGGCCCUCGGCGUGCCCCUCAUGAGCAGGUCGUCGGGGCCCAUGUCGUAUGGCUUCGCGUCGCUGGAGGCGGGGCUGCGCUCGGUGACGAGUCCCGGGGACUUCUCGGGCCACGCCUCUCCGCCCGACAGCAACCACUCCAGCACCAGCCUGCGCAACGAGCUGCAGGAGAUGCAGGGGGGGCCGGACGACGACUCCGCCCCGCGGCACAUCGAGACGUCCGACAAGGGCCAGCUGACGGACGCCGUCCCCAUAGAGCACCGCGGCACCGUCACCAAGGGAGGCUGGGUGGACGGCUUCAGCCCCGGCACCAAGGACUCCACCCCCGACCUGGAGGACGUGGAGGGUCUGCCCUCCACCAUCGUGUCCCCCAUCGGCCGCAGCAAGACCAAGAAGGAGCAGCGGAGCGGGAACACCCUGUACCAGGAGCUGAGCUUCCAGGACGCGGAGGCGCUGGGCGAGAUAGACGACGGCGCCGACAUCACGGGCAGCUGGGUCCAUCCGGGAGAGUAUGCCUCGUCAGUUAACGACAACUUUUUCGGAAUGGGCAAGGAAGUUGAAAAUCUGAUUUUGGAAAACAACGAACUCCUAGCGACAAAGAAUGCGCUGAAUGUUGUCAAGGAUGACCUGAUAGUGAAAGUGGAUGAGCUGACAAGCGAGCAGGAGAUCCUGCGCGAGGACAUCAAGUCCCUGCACUCGCUGAGGACGCGGCUGCAGGACAAGGUGCAGGAGCUGGAGGAGGAGCUGCGACGGGUGCGCGAGGAGGCCGACAAGUCCAGCCGGGCGGCCAGGUCGGACGACGAGGAGGACGUGCCCAUGGCGCAGCGCAAGCGCUUCACGCGCGUGGAGAUGGCGCGCGUGCUCAUGGAGAGGAACCAGUACAAGGAGCGCUUCAUGGAGCUCCAGGAGGCCGUGCGCUGGACCGAGAUGAUCCGCGCGUCGCGCAACGACCCCGCCGCGCUCGACAGGAAGAGCAAGCAGAGCAUCUGGAAGUUUUUCAGCAACCUGUUCAGCCCGACGGACAAGCUGCAGCGGAAGCCCCUGCCGUACGUGAACGUGCGCUACAACGCGCCCACGCACCACAUCAGCCCCGCGCUCGACACCAUGCGCAAGCGCUCCCUCAACGACCGCAAGCGCGGCCUCGACUUCUUGGAUCCGGAGAUGUGAGUCUCGUCGGAGAAGGUGCAGCAGCGCAGGGCGACGGAGCGGCGCGAGCAGUACCGCCAGGUGCGCGCCCACGUGCGCAAGGACGACGGGCGCGUGCAGGCGUACGGCUGGAGCCUGCCCGCCAAGGGCCCCCCCGCGCGCAUGACGGCCUCCAGCUGCAGCGGCUCGGGCCACGUGCCGGUGCCGGUGCCCGUGUACUGCCGCCCGCUCACCGAGAAGGAGCCGGGCAUGAAGAUCUGGUGCGCGGCGGGCGUGAACCUGACGGGCGGGCGCACGCGCGACGGGGGCAGCGUGGUGGGGGCGAGCGUGUUCUACACGCAGCCCGGGGCGGAGGGCGAGGAGAAGGGCGGGGAGGAGCCCCCGGAGAAGGAGUGCAGCGAGGUCGACCGGCUGGACGACGAGCUCAAGGAGGGGGAGAGGGUGCUGCGCGAGGGGGAGGAGCUGGAGCUGCAGCUGUCCUCGCUGGUGUGGAUCUGCACCAGCACGCACUCGGCCAGCAAGGUGACCGUCAUCGACGCCAACAACCCCGCCGACAUCCUGGAGGGCUUCAACGCCUGCACGUCGCACGUGCUCUGCAUCGCCAGCGUCCCAGGGGCCAGGGAGACGGACUACCUGCGCGCCGACGAGCCCAACAACAAGGAGGCGGAGGGCCGGGAGGGGCCGCCCUCCCCCGCCCCCGCCCCCGCGGAGAACCGAGACGUGGAGGCGGAGCGGCCGGCGGGGGAGAAGGAGGGGGACGACGACGCGGCAGAGUCGGUGGUGGGGCGCAUCACUCUGGUCAGCUGCGCCACGGGCAGCGAGGCCCCGGAGCCCUCCGGCCGGGAGUCGGAGAGUGAGUUUGGGAAUGAAGUGCCGACGCACCGUCUGAUAAAAGAGGUGACAGGCAUUGUCAAAGAUGGCGUUUCGGAAGUUCAGAAAGAGAACGAGGUGGCGUACGAGGAGCUGGAGAAGAUGAGCAGCGUGCUGCCCACCAUGUGGCUGGGCUCGCAGGACGGCACGGUGUACGUGCACUCGGCGGUGGCGCAGUGGCGGCGCUGCCUCCACUCCGUGCAGCUCAAGGACUCGGUCCUCAGCAUCGUGCACCUGCAGGGGCGCGUGCUGGCGGCGCUGGCGGACGGCACGGUGGCGGCGUUCAGGCGCGGCACGGACGGCCAGUGGGACCUGGGCAGCUACCACGUGGUCACGCUGGGCAGUCCCGUGCACUCCAUUCGCUGCAUGGUGGCGGUGCACGGCCGCGUGUGGUGCGGCUACCGCAACAAGAUACACGUGCUCGGCCCCCACUCCCUCGCCGUGCUGAAGUCGUUCGACGCGCACCCGCGCAAGGAGAGCCAGGUGCGGCAGAUGGCGUGGCUGGGCGACGGCGUGUGGCUGUCCAUCCGGCUGGACUCUACGCUGCGGCUGUACCACGCCCACACUCACCAGCACCUGCAGGACGUCGACAUAGAGCCCUACGUCAGCAAGAUGCUGGGCACUGGCAAGCUGGGCUUCUCGUUCAUCCGCAUCACGGCUCUGCUGAUCUCGUCCAGUCGCCUGUGGAUCGGCACGGGGAACGGCGUCAUCAUCUCCGUGCCGCUGUCUGAAAGCGCGGGGUCGCGCGGCGGCGGCACGGUGGCGCGGGCGCCGGGCGGCGUGGUGCGGGUGUACGCCGACACGGCCGGCGGCAAGGUCGCGCCGGGCAGCUUCGUGCCGUACUGCUCCAUGGCCCAGGCCCAGCUCUCCUUCCACGGCCACCGCGACGCCGUCAAGUUCUUCGUCGCCGUGCCAGGUACGGGAAGUCUCUCCAUGACGGAAUCCAAGCCCAUAAUCGAAAACAUGGAAGCAGAAUCGUUAGAAGCUAAAAAAUCGUCUGCAAUGCUUGUUAUGUCUGGUGGAGAAGGCUACAUUGACUUUCGCAUAGGUGACGGGGAGGAGGGCGAGGGCGAGGCGGCCCCCGGCGCGGCGCCGCGCGAGCAGAUCGCCACCAGCGACCUGGAGCACCAGGGCGAGCGCAGUCACCUCAUCGUGUGGCAGGUGGCGCUGCAGGACUGACGCGGCUCCGCCGGCCUCCCUUCGCGGCCCCGGCAGCCCUUCUGAAACCCCUCUCCCGAGCUCGCGUCAGGGUGGCUAGCAAGCCGGCUCUCCCAGGCUUCCACUGAUGUUAGUUAGUCGCCAGCGACCCACAGGCGUAGCACACUUCGCAACAGCAGUUGUUUUAUCGCACCACUGUCGAUGAUAGCACUGAGGUCAACGUGUGUGGUCCAAGUGCCGAUACACUUACGAGCAGAAACUAGGGGGAAGAAAGGAUGUGUAUGCAGAAACUGUAAAAAAUCUAAGUGAGUGCCUGCUAUAACUUCAAAUAUUUCAAUAGCACCAUUCAAGCAAUUCCCUGACUACCUAAGAAAUUAUCUGACUUUUCCUUGUUGCUGGAAAUCCCCUGGCUUUGUUGCUAGCCACCUGGACGGUCUUCAUGCCUCGAUGCACCGUCAGUAAUGCCGAAACAGUUUUCCGCCAUGCUAACUUUUGCUUGUGGUGAAUCUGGAAAUACUUUGUAGAAUCAUUUUCAGUGCUUGUCGUUUCAGUCAGCAUUUAUUUAUUCAUUGUGUUGACUACAUUUUUGCUAUUUUAUCAAAAUGUGUAAGUUUUUGAAUUAUAAUGAAUCCAAUGUAUUUUCUGAACCUAGCUCAUAAAAAUAAUCUAAGUAGAACUCUAGGAACUGAGAGCAGAUAUUGCGAAUGGCUGGUUUCAAAAGUGUUGGUGCCACUGCGAAGGUGCUACACGUACGUAUCCAUUGUUCUCUCCCGAGGCUAACAAUCAAAGCUUAAGUCGCAGUAGGAAUUUUCGUUUUUUAUUCCUGCACUUUUUCUUGCCGUUGCAAUUGUCGAAAGAGAAUAUGUAACUGUUUUUUAUUUAUGUAGACAAAAAAAAAAGUACAUUUGUAUAUUGUGUUGAUUUUGCUUCAAAUAAUUGAAAAAUGAAUUUGUGGAAUAUUAUUAUUUAUUACCAAAUUGAUGAUUGCCUGUGGAAAUUGUUUGUUGUAAAUAGAUUUGCAUUUUUUAGAAGUAACCGGUGCUGCAAUUGAGGAACUAGUGCAUUUCCAAUUUAAAAUUAAGUGUACAAUUUUUUCUUUAUCAUUUUGUUAUUAGUGCUUGAUAAAAUUUUACGAUUUUGUAUAUAAAAUAUACAUAAUAUAUUUGCGAAUGGACACAUCUGUGUAGUAAAGUUGUUAUUAUUUACAAUUUGUUAGUGGUUCAAGCAAUCGGUUUUGAUGCUUAAAAACUUAAAUUAUUAAUUUGUAUAUAUUGCACCUUAUUAACAAUUAACUUACCAGGAUUUUGUGAUCUGUAUUUCUUAAAUGUGUGUACAAUAUUUACAACAUUAACUAAUUAUGAACUGAUUUAUUUGUUAAAAUAAAAUUAUUUUGUUAUGUAAUUUUACUUUUUUUUUAUGUAAUAAAUUUUACACUUGAUUUAUUCACAAUGCAUUUUCUCUUUCCUGCUCUUCUUUGUUGCAAGAAUCCUACGAGGUCACAUGUCCUAAUGUUAAAAAGCUGAGUGACACAAUAAGUCGCAUUCCCCUGGGUUUCAUUUGGGGCAGAUCGUCAACAGUCUAAUUGUUUAUUGUAACCACAAUAAAAAAAAAACAUUGGGUUAAAACAGUCAAUUUAUUUAUAUACUGUUAACUAAACAACGGAAAUAUAUAUAUUUUUUAAUUUAAUGUGACUUUAUUAUUGAUUUGCAUGAUGUUUCAGUCUGCUGCCUUGAGAAAGUCUGAGAGUGAAGUGUGCGUCCACUGGACAAACGUGGUUUAGUAUGAAUAGUUAUUUAUUGUUUGUGCCGGCCACCAGCUUGCCAACUGUCGGAUGUCGCGUGGUUGAGCAGUGUAGGGUUGCGGUUCUCCCCGCUCCAACCUCCCAGUGCCGCGCUUGGCACGGCCAUCUAGCACGGCGGCAGCUCUGCGCCGUAGUCACGUACUCGUGAGUACACUGAGGAUUCAUGUGUAGGAAUGCACUAAAUAACUGCGUACAUGCACUACAUGUGCUUAGUUCUGUCAAAAUGAGACAUUAUGCAAGGCAUUAUCACCGAGCUUACUACUCUAGUUUUCACUUAACUUUUUUACUUACAAUAAAAUUUCAUUGAAUAGAGAAUAAUUACAGAAAUAGGUACUACACUGAACUCUGACAUGACUGAAGUCAAAAGUCACCGGUAAUGUAAGCAAAUUGUCCAAGUAAUAUUGUUACGUGAGGAAAUAUAUAUGUUCAGAGCUAAUUAUGCUCAAUUCAGAAAAUGUAUGCACAAUAUUUAGACUUUUAAAGUAUUCUUCUUUGGGUUUGCCUUCAGCUUGAAUGUUCAUGAUUUUUCAGAAAGAAGUAAAAUUUGGAAUUGAAAUCAAAUACUAAAUGUGGAAUCGUACCAACCCUAAUAAAAAUAAAUGGAAAUAUAAUAGAGAUUCAGCAAAACAUGCAAAGUCUAACAAAGUACGUAUAUUUUAACAGAACUACGUGUAAUACGUUUACAUAAAGAAACAAUCUUAUUUUAAGAUACAGGCAGUCCAACUAAAAUGAUUUAUUUUCAAGAGUAAUAGAUGAAAAGUUAAAAAAAGUAUCAAUAUAAAAAAAAUACUUGUGGAACCAAGCAUGGAUAUAAUUAACAAUUUUUAGCUGCAUACAAUGUUUUCUGUUUUAAUAGAAAAAGAGACAAUCACAUAUUUUACCGUAAAGGUAUUAUAUUUAUUUUAUUUAUUAACCUUAUAGAGUAGAAGAAAUUAGUUUAUCGUUCAAUGAAUUAAUUUUGUGGCAGUUCAGUGCAGAUUUUAUUCUACUUGCAUGUAGGUAGGACUUUGAUGUUUGGUCAGACAAUGCGGUCAGACGGAUCGGACAGCGUGGUCGGACAAUGCGGUCAGACGGAUCGGACAGCGUGGUCGGACAAUGCGGUCAGACGGAUCGGACAGCGUGGUCGGACAAUGCGGUCAGACGGAUCGGACAGCGUGGUCGGACAAUGCGGUCAGACGGAUCGGACAGCGUGGUCGGACAACGCGGUCAGACGGAUCGGACAGCGUGGUCAGACAACGCGGUCAGACGGAUCGGACAGCGUGGUCGGACAACGCGGUCAGACGGAUCGGACAGCGUGGUCGGACAACGCGGUCAGACGGAUCGGACAGCGUGGUCGAAAAACGCGGUCAGACGUAUCGGACAACAUGGUCGAACAACGUGGUCAGACGGAUCAGACAACGCGGUCAGACGGAUCGGACAGACGUGACUGACCGAACAUGGCAGUUCCUUAAAACAACAUCUCGUGACAAUAAAUUUUGUUUCUGCUUUUGUGUUGGCCAUUAAUUUGGGAAUGCAGAGCCUUUUUUUAUAGUUUAUUCUAUAUUACUUCUAAUUUCAUAAAAAUCUCUUUGUUACAUUAAAUGUCAUGAGUUGUGUGCUCAGUAUAUACUUUAAGCUGUGGCUAACGUAUUUAAAUUUAUGUCAUGUUUUGCCCGCUGAGUUAUUAAAUAGAAAAUGCAUUGUGACCACUGUGUGUUGUGUACGAUAUUACCGAAGCUUUUCGUCGCAUAUGGAGACUGUUUGCUUGAGAAGCUAUAGAAAUAGUUGUGCCGCAUGUUCCUUCUAGAUCACAGAAGUUGUGGAUGGCACACCAUCUCGUUUUGAACAAUUUUGUGCGCUUUUACUGAUUUGUGAUGAUUUAUCUUAAAACCAAAUGAAUUUUCAACAGUCAGAAAAAUAUUGUUUUGUUUUGAAAUGUUUAAGUGAAUAAAAUUUAGCAUUUUUUAA